GAGAGUUCAAUCAUCUACUGGUAGCUCCAGCCAAAACGUGACUCCAGACCUUUUAUUUAUUUUGUUAGCUAGCUACCUUUGAAUUCAUUUCUCGCACAAGAUGUAACUUCCCACAGUGCACAGAAAAACGCUUCAUAAUACUCCUCGGUUUUAUUGGAUCCAGGAGAGUAGAUGACGUGCUGUUUUUGCCACUAAUGGAAGAUAUUGUUAUGCACUACUAUGAAUACGUUAUGCCGAGGUGAUUUUUGUUUUGAUUAAUUUUCUUCUCUAUUUUGUUAGUGAAUCUCAAUUUUUGGAUUUACCAUCACAUCGUGGAGAAGGAAAUACAUUAGAGGAAUAAAACAUUUUAUUUAGCGAGCUAGCUAUCUUGCUAGUUAGCUAUCGCCGGGGAUUUAAAUAAUCUGACGUGUUCCAAGAAAAUAGGAAGGAGAAAAUACCGAAAAAGAUUGAUGUGGCGAUUCUUUCUUUGCCAAAUAUAACUGGGAUUGCAGAAUGAGCAAGGAAAGACCCAAGAGGAAUAUUAUUCAAAAGAAAUACGACGACAGCGAUGGGAUCCCUUGGUCAGAGGAGCGAGUUGUGCGCAAGGUGCUGUAUCUCUCCUUGAAGGAGUUUAAGAGCGCACAGAAGAGACAGCUGGGAGAUGGCCUGGACUCAGGAAUCAAAAACCCAAAUGGGUCUUUGUCAAAUGGCCAGCUGAAAGGAUCGGGGCUGAAGGCAGGGUCGCUGGCUGGACACGGUAAAGACGAUGGGUCAGGGGGGUCAUCGCAAAGCACAGACGGCAGCAGCGACUACUCUGAGGACGCGCCUGUCAGGAAGAGGCCAAGGCUGCAAGCACAAAGGAAGUUCGCUCAGUCUCAGCCCAACUCGCCCAGCAGCACCCCGGUGAAGUUGUCAGAGGUGGUACUGCCCACCCCCACGUCCCAGAUCAGUGACCUCUCCAAGCGCAAGCCCAGGACUGAGGACUUCCUGACAUUUCUUUGUCUGCGAGGCUCUGCAGCGUUGCCCAGCAACAUGGCGUACUUCGGGAGCUCCCAGGAUGAAGAUGACCUCGAAGAUGAUGAUGAGGAGGAGUGUGAGGACGUGAAGCCAGCUGCCAAUGUAGCAUCGUCAUCCUGCCAGUCCACGCCACGGAAAGGCAAACCGCCCAUGAAGCACAUAGUCAAUGGACACGUUUGUAACGGUCAUGCGAAGGUAACGGGGGACAAGGACUCUGCUCUCAAACACAAAAGCAAGGAGGCCACGCCCGGGAGGGAGAGGGCUGAGCGUGCCGAGGGCCGACGGGAGCAUUCCUCACCCCCAGCUGCCGCUGACUCUCCAGCGGCCCCGCCCAGGGGCCCUGCGGCCAACGGCCUCCGUCACAGCAGGCCUGCCCAGGAGCUCCGCAAGCAGAUUUCGAAAGUGAAUGGAGUGACACGGGCCUCCUCCGUCAGAGCGCGCCCGCCCAGUGCCAAGAGGGCGCGGGGGUUCCGCCCACUGCCAUCCAAAACUGUGAAGUACACAGCCACCGUGACCAAGGGCCACGUCACCUACACCAAAGCAAAACGAGAGCUGGUCAAGGAAGCCAAACUCAGCCGCGGGAAGGCCGCUGUCACUCACUCGCCCCGCCCCAGCAGUCAUCGCCGUAACCACAGCAACCGGCUCCACCACGCCAAUGGCGCCGCCCAUCCUCGCCUCCACCACUCCAACUCAGGAAAAGCCCGGAGCAGCAAUGCAAAAACCCGCAAACAGGUGCUAUUACCCAACGGGCUGCACAAGGUGGCCAACGGGGGCUGCGCGCCGCCCAGGGGGCGGCUCAACGGGCAGCUGUGCGCCAGGGCAGAGUGCCGCCCCGGCCGCGAGGGCCUCCGCACUUCCAGGAGGCGUCUCGAGGCAGCAGGGGGCGCUGCUGUGACUGAGAAACCAGCCCCAGCUGACGUCGGAAAGGUCAAAGUACAGGUCAGCGGCACUCUGGAGACGCGCAGGAAGAGGGCCACUCAGGAGAAGGCUGAACCCAGCAGCCACGUCACCAAGGAGGCCGCACCCCCCAGCUCUGAGCAGCCGAGCCCGGCUCCACUUGGCCCGGCUCAGCCCAGCUUGACUCAGCCCAGCCUGACUCAGCCCAGCCCAGCUCCGCCCGCUUUGACUCAGCCCAGCCCCGAGCGCCAGCGGCCCAAGCGGGCGUCGGCUGGCAGGCUGAUGUUCACCAGACAAGCACAGCACAAGGUGCAGGCCGCCCCCGCCGAAAAAAACUCCUCUACCUCAGCCAGCGAGCCCUCCCCCACGCCAGUGAAACCAGCAGAGUCUAAAGCCGAGACGGAGCAGGAGAGGGAGAGAGAAAGGGAGAGGGAGAGGGAGAGGGAGCGAGAGCGUGAGCGUGAGCGAGAGCGUGAGCGGGAGAGAGAGAGGGAGAGGGAGAGGGAGCGGGAGCGGAGCCGGAUGGUCUGGGGCUCCAUGACAGAGGUGCCGGUGUUCAGGCCCAGCCAGCGGGAGUUCCAGGACCCGCUGGUGUACGUGGAGUCGGUGCGGGAGCAGGUGGAGCCGUACGGGCUGUGCCGGGUCAUCCCGCCCUCGGACUGGCGGCCCGAGUGCAAGCUGAACGAGGACAUGCGCUUUGUCACACAGGUGCAGCACAUUCACAAGCUGGGCCGGCGCUGGGGCCCCAAUGUGCAGCGCCUGGCCUGCAUCAGGAAGCACCUCAAAUCUCAGGGCAUCACCAUGGACGAGGCCCCGCUAAUAGGUGGCUGCGAGCUGGACCUGGCACGCUUCUUCCAGCUCAUCAACGACAUGGGCGGCAUGCAGCAGGUGACGGACCUCAAGAAGUGGAGCAAGCUGGCGGACCUGCUGCGCGUGCCCAAGUCGGCCCAGGACCGGCUGGCCAAGCUGCAGGAGGCCUACUGCCAGUACCUGCUGUCUUACGACUCGCUGUCGCCUGAGGAGCGCCGGCGGCUGGAGGAGGAGGUGCUGGCUGAGAAGGAGAACCUGGAGCGACGGAGAGGGCCCCUGGAGGGCCACUCGGAGAGCGCCCAGCGGACCCUGCUGCUGCCUCGCUACGAGCCCAAGAACGGCCUGGUCAACGGCCUGCAGCACAGCAAUGGCGUCCGCGGCAACCUGAGGGAGCUGGAUGCCCCGGUCAAGAGCUACCGGCGGCGACCCUUCGCUCAGGAAAAGAAGGGCGAUGGGGAAGAGGAAGAGGACGCGGAGGGUGUUCUUGGCGACCAGCACAAGUGCAUAUACAAGGGCAGGUCGGUGUCUUUAACCACCUUCUACAGGACAGCGAGGAACACCAUGAACAUGUGCUUUAACAAGGAGCCAGGGGCAGCUGAAGUAGAGCAAGAGUACUGGAGGAUAGUGGAGCAGAAGGAAUGCCAUGUUGCAGUGCAUUAUGGGAAAGCAGACACCAACACACAUGGAAGUGGUUUCCCUGUGGGAAAAUCAGAGCCAUUUUCAAAGCACGGAUGGAACCUCACUGUCCUUCCCAAUAAUUCAGCGUCCAUCCUGCGACACCUCGGGGCUGUACCUGGUAUGUCCCUCACCCAGCCAGGACCUACCUUUGUCAGUGAUGCGCAGAAAGCCUACCCUGACCUCACCUUCUUCUGUUGCAGUCUGAGAAUAAAACAACUUAGUUCAUUAACAUUCAGAGUGACCAUUCCCUGGCUGAAUAUCGGCAUGGUAUUUUCUACCUCCUGCUGGUUUCGAGACCAUAAUGGCCUUCCAUACAUAGAUUACUUACACACUGGUGCUGACUGUAUUUGGUACUGCAUUCCUGCUGAGGAGAAGGCGAAACUGGACAAAGUGGUGCAUACAUUGCUGCAGGCCAAUGGGACUCCAGGGCUGGAGAUGCUGGAGAAGAACAUCAUGAUCUCUCCGGAGGUUCUCCAUCGGGAGGGGAUCAAGGUCCACCGAACCGUCCAGCGAAGCGGCCAGUUCAUCGUCUGUUUCCCGGGCGCCUUCGUGUCCAGGGUCUGCUGCGGGUACAGUGUCUCGGAGACCGUGAACUUUGCCACCCCCCAGUGGAUGAACCUGGGAUAUCAGGCUGCCAAGGACCUGAAGUGUCGGCGGAUCGAAAAACCGUUUUCCAUGGAGAAGUUGCUGUACCAGAUUGCGACGUCAGAGUCCAAACGAGAGAACGGACACAUUCUGAGUACAAUCUCCACACUCAUCAAAGAUCUCAGGGAUAUAGAGAUGAAACAACGGCAGGAACUGUACAGGGCGGGGCUGCUGUGCUCCGCCCGCUACGGCACACACGACACCCAGACGCCCGCCGAGGGGAAGAAGAAGCCCCGCAAGUGGCUGGCGCUGGAGACGUCGGAGAGGCGGUGCCAGGUCUGCCAACACCUCUGUUACCUCUCCAUGGUGGUCCAGGAGAAUGAGAAUGUGGUCUUCUGUUUGGAGUGUGCACUGCGCCAUGUAGAGAAACACAAGUCCUGUCGCGGGCUCAAGAUGAUGUACCGCUACGAUGAGGACCAAAUCAACAAUUUGGUGAAUCAGGUGUGUGGGAAAGCGACCAUAAAGAACGGAGAGAACUGCAACGGCGCGGCUCUCGGCCGAACGUUGACCCGGCGCGGGCCCCGAAAACGUGCCACGGUCCAGGUGUCACUCUCCCGCCUCUCCUCCUCUCACCUCUCCACUAGCGUCUCCAGUUCCUCCUGAAGGCGUUGACUCAGCGCGCCUGG